AUGAAUGAACAUAUAAGCAUUGACUGUGGAUCAAUGGGAUCCUACGUGGACUCCAACAAUGUAACAUGGGUCGGAGAUGAAGGCUUCGUCACAGCCGGCAAGUCCAUGAACAAUUCGGACGUUGUUACAAAGCCGCUCAACACCCUCCGAUACUUCCCAUCGGGUCAAAGCAACUGCUACACCAACAUUCCGGUGACAAAACGCAAGAAAACACUCGUGAGGACGAAGUUUUACUACGAGAACUACGACGGGAACUUUUCGCCACCAUCUUUCGACUUGGUUUACGACGGCAAACACCGUGAUUCUGUUGAGAUCACCGAGUCUUUGCUCAACGACGAGAAAACAUUCUAUUACUCGGAGUUGAUAUCUACUCCGUCGAAUGAGAGUAUUAGCGUAUGCCUCUUCCGUACGUCUCCAGCCGAUAACCCUUUUAUAUCGUCCAUUGAAGUUUACAGCUUAGACGUCGGCAUGUACGCCGAUCUUGGUCCCAACGAAGGUCUGAUUACCCGACAAAGAACUACUUGCGGUGCCAAAGAGAGUAUAAGCUACCCGUUAGAUCCUUACGGUAGGCCAUGGUUCCCGUUAGGGUUCGACUACGCACUGACCAAUCUAACGACCUCAGCACUAUCGAUAGACAUCACGGGGGCGUCAAACAAGCCGCCAGAGGUUGUUAUGUCGAAGGCAUUAUCAUCAUCGUUAGGAGAAAGCUUAAAACUUUCCAACCUGGCUCUCCCAUUAACCGGUCUACCAGUAUACUUGGCUCUUUACUUCUCAGAGCCUCAGAGUCUAGGCCGGACCCAAAAACGGUCAUUCAACGUUUUCUUGGACGGCACGCAAGUGGGUUCUGGUCCCAUCGUACCAGUUUUUGGGAAAGCUACUCAAGUCGUUCUGAGAGAUGUAGUGGCCACCUCGCUGUCCCAGAUAGUCUUUCAGUCCACUGAUGGCUCGGUUUUGCCGCCCAUCAUCAAUGGUUUGGAGCUGUACUCGAUAAGUAACAGCCGGGACGGUGUAGUUGGAGUGAAACCACGUGCAAAAAACGCUGUAGGAGAUGGGGCAAAAACCAAUGGAGGAAAGAAGAAGAAAAACAAAUUACCACUCAUUCUUGGUGUUACGUUUGCCUCCGCGUUUGCGGUUCUCUCAUCAGGGAUUUGCUAG